AUGGAGGACCUACGGCAGUACAGAGUCGAAAAGGACUACUUUGCAAGCAAAGACGCAAUGAGGAGAUUCCUGUUUACGUUUGAGAGCAGCGGGGCCCUUAAGUACAUGGCGCAAAUCAAAGCGCUUUGCACCACAAAAACAAUCAACAUAAACGCGGCAGACAUCCUUGAGGACGGAAACACCGAGCUGUACUCCGACGUGCUGAGCAACACGAUGCGGUACAGAGAAAUGGUGUACGAAAUCAUAGACGAAAUGAUAAAAAACGAAGAAAUAGAAAUGCCGAAAGAAGACUUGUUUUUUGAGCACAGAAAAGCGCGCAUUAUGGAGCGGUACCCAAGCAAGUCUGUGUACGAGGUGCUUACCCGAAACAUUCUCCGGUACUACGGCGUGAACAUCUUCCGGACAGACGCGCUGACGUUCAACGAGGUGACGCCAAACAUCAUCGGGUCGCUUGUGUGCGUGCAGGGAAUCGUGAGCAAAGCCUCGGAGGUGCACCCGUCCAUAACGGUUGCAGUUUUUAUGUGCGACUCCUGCACGUCCGAAGUGUUCCAGGAGGUGGACGGAGAAACGUUCCUCCCCCUCACCGAGUGCCCCUCAGAAAGAUGCAGGACGGGGCGGACAAAGGGAACUCUGCACCUGCAGACGCGCUCGUCCAAGUUCCGGUCCAAGCAGGUGCUUCGCGUGCAGGAGAUGGCGUCCGAGGUGGAGCCCGGCCGAGUUCCUCGGUCGAUUAGCGUGGAGGUGUACGACGAUCUGGUGAGAGCUGCGGCCCCCGGGACAGAGGUGGUCGUUUCGGGCAUUUUUCUGCCAAAGCCAAACGAAGGCAUCCAGAAGAUGCGCAUGGGCCUGCUUAGCGAAACCUACAUCCUGGGGUCAAGCGUGCGCCCGAUAAAGAAGGCGGCCCCUCUCAGAAUUAAAGGCGCAAGCCCGGACGCCAGCGCAGAGCAAGGCGCCGAGGAAAACCACGAAAGCGCCGCACCCCCGGAGGAGAAAAUGGCUUCAUUGGAUCUGAUGAUCCGCUCGAUUGCGCCGGAAAUAUCAGGCAUGGAAGACAUAAAAAAGCUGCUUCUGCUGAUGCUUAUUGGAGGAGACACGUGCUCGGAGGGCGGCAUGCGCAUCCGGGGAGAAAUAAACAUUCUUCUUGUCGGGGACCCGGGGGUGGCAAAAAGUCAGCUGCUGAAGGCAGUGUGCAGGCUGUCGCCUCGCGGCAUAUUCACGACGGGGAAGGGAGCAAGCGGAGCUGGGCUAACCGCGUGCGUGUCCCGGGACCCUGAGACGGGAGAGCAUAUUCUGGAGGGCGGCGCGCUGGUCAUGAGCGACGGCGGUGUUUGCUGCAUUGACGAGUUUGACAAAAUGCACGAAAGCGACCGGUCGUGCGUGCACGAGGCCAUGGAGCAGCACCGAAUCAGCAUAUCCAAGGCGGGAAUAAACACAACACUGAACGCGCGGUGCUCGGUUCUGGCCGCAGCAAACCCCAUCAGAGGGCGCUAUGUUGAGAAGAAGGGGAUUGCCUGGAACGCAGGCCUGCCCACCGCGCUUAUUUCUCGGUUCGACGCGGUGAAGGUCAUUCGAGACGUCGCGGGAAAGGGCGACGCUGAAAUAUGCAAGCACAUUUUGAGCGUGCAUCAGAGGAAAGGCGCCAUACCUGGCGUGAUGCCAACAGAGCUGCUUGCAAAGGAGAUAAACAAGUGCAAGCUGAUUGAGCCCACGCUUGGGCCAGAUGUAGAGGAAAGAAUAGUUUCUGCGUACGCGUCGGAGAGGGCCAGAGACGCAAGAAUGCCUGGGAAAGGGCUUCCGGGCACUGCCCGCCGGGUUCUUUCGGUCCUCAGAUUUUCCCAAGCCUUGGCCAAGGCUGAAAGAAGAAACACUGUGACAGUCGAGCACGUUGAAGAGGUGCUUCGGCUUCUGGGGUGCGACUCCACCGGGGUGUACGAUAUCAUCAUGUCGAUUCCCGGCGAAGACCGAGGAGCAUACCGAGUGGUGGAGCUUGAGGCUGUUUACAGAGAGGCAGGCCGUUUUGGCGCUUCGGAGAUAGACGCGUGCAUAAAGGAAAACCUUGUAAGCGGCGCAUGGUCGCUGAGCGAGGACAAGCUAACAAUUUUCAAAUAG